AUGUUUUCACACGCGGCGUACAGCGCACCCGGCGUACAUGUGCUUGACAGCUCCUCCCCACGCCAUCUUGCAGCGGGACCUCAACCGGCCGCCGCGCCGCCAUCCACAGACGAGGUGGAGAUUCUACCGAUCGGCAGCGGCGGGGAAGUCGGCCGUUCGUGUGUGGUUGUCCGCUACAAGGGCCGCUCCGUUAUGCUGGACUGCGGGAACCACCCGGCGAAGAGCGGAUUAGAUUCUCUUCCAUUUUUUGACAGCAUCCGCUGUGACGAAAUUGACCUUGUGCUCAUCACUCACUUUCACCUCGAUCACUGUGGAGCACUGCCGUACUUUUGCGAGCAGACUUCCUUCAGGGGGCGCAUCUUCAUGACGAGCGCAACAAAAGCUUUCUAUAAAAUGGUGAUGAACGAUUUCCUGCGCAUUGGUGCAAGUGCCGAGGACAUUGUGAACAACGAGUGGCUGCAAAGUACCAUUGAAAAGAUUGAAACAGUGGAAUACCACGAAGAGGUGACAGUGAACGGUAUUCAUUUCCAGCCUUUCAAUGCCGGUCACGUUCUUGGGGCUGCACUUUUCAUGGUUGAUAUUGCGGGGAUGAAACUAUUAUAUACAGGUGACUUCUCACGUGUUCCCGACCGUCACCUUCUGGGAGCUGAAGUUCCACCGUACUCGCCCGAUAUUCUCAUUGCAGAGAGUACAAAUGGUAUACGCGAACUGGAGUCACGUGAAGAGCGGGAAUCCCUGUUUACGACGUGGGUGCACGAUGUCGUGAAGGGGGGUGGACGAUGUUUGGUACCAGUAUUUGCUCUGGGCCGCGCGCAAGAACUUCUUCUCAUACUUGAAGAAUAUUGGGAAGCACACAAGGAGUUGCAACACAUACCCAUCUACUACGCAUCUUCGCUAGCCCAGCGAUGCAUGAAGCUGUACCAGACAUUUGUCAGUGCUAUGAAUGACCGAGUGAAGAAGCAACACGAAAAUCACCGAAACCCUUUCGUGUUUAAGUAUAUUCAGUCACUUCUCGACACUCGCUCCUUCGAAGACACCGGGCCAUGCGUUGUGUUGGCUUCUCCUGGUAUGCUACAGUCGGGUAUAUCACUUGAACUGUUUGAAAGGUGGUGCGGUGACAAACGGAAUGGCAUUAUUGUUGCUGGCUAUUGCGUUGACGGGACCAUCGCCAAGGACAUUCUCUCAAAACCAAGGGAAAUCACCAAGCCAGACGGAAAGGUCCUGCCUCUCCGUAUGAGAACAAUUCAAUCCGUCUCCUUCUCCGCUCACUCCGAUGGCAGACAGACACGCGACUUCAUCCAAGCUCUACCCAAGACAAAACAUGUCAUUCUUGUACAUGGCAACGUUGGGGCAAUGGGGCAACUGAAAAACAAACUCCAACAAGACUUUGCCGACCGCGGGGUGCAGGUAUACGCCACCAAAAACCAAGAAGCCAUUCGUAUACCCUUUAGUGUGCAACGAACAGCCAAGGUAUUAGGUACGUUGGCCCGUAACCCACCUCGCGAUGGCGAAUUCAUUAGCGGGGUGUUACUAAUGUCCGGACAUCACACAUAUAGCGUUGUGCAUCCAACCGAUAUUCCGCACUUCACGGAUCUGGACGUGGCGCAAAUCCAACAGGCCAUAGUUCUGCCGCUUCCAAGGUACAAGUCUCCGCACGAAGUGCUCGAAAUGCUGAAGCGGUACUUCGCGCAGAGUCAAAUGUUCAGUGACGUAACCCCGCAUGAACAGCAGAAGCAGGAAGGAGGGGAUGCAGCCAAUGCCAUAGGAGGUGGUCAGGAGCAGGAGUGUGCGGGAAAUGCAACGCAGAUUACGGUUUCCAAAGACGUUUGGGUUGAUGUUCAGCAGAGCACGAGAUCUCAGACGACAGUCACGGUGAAUUGGACCUCGAGCCAUCACAACGACCUCCUUGCGGAUGUCACUUGCAUUGCUCUCAUUAAGCUCAUGCAACAAGAACAUGCAGCAAGCAGCGCAGAUGCGCUUCCGGUGGACGUUUGUGGAAAUGAUCGUCUUUUUCGACUAAAAUGCUUUCACCACAUGAUGUCACAGUUCUACCCAUCUGUUGUCACAAACCUUGGCACCGGGGUGUGCACCGUGGAGUUAGAGGAUGGACAACACGCCACCAUUACGGGCUGUAUUGAAAUUGACCUGCAGGGAAACACAAAGUCAAGUUACUCAUCCACCGAGGUGGAGCGGUUGAAGACCGUCCUGAAGCGAGUAUACCUGACUCUCUUCCCAAUUCCUGUUGACCAGGGCUGGUGUGACUGUGGUAUGAUUCACGGUGCUGAACCGGCUCCCAUUGACGAGGGCGCAUAG